AUGGCGGGCCGAAGCUCCUCGAGCUCGCGACGCGUGCCAGUCCAAGUGACGGCCACUCUUAAAUCUCUACAGCGCGAGUACGGCUCGCUGUACAACAUCGUGCGUCUCUCCAUCCGCACGGACCUGCCAGACAUGCCGCCCUCCGGCCUCUUUGACGAGCCUAUGGAUGACCCUGCCGCGACACUCGCAGCACAAGCUGCAGCGGACGCGGCAGCAGGGGGGUUGGAGGAAGGGGUGGAGGCGGCAGGACGGCCGUUGGAUGCUGCUCUCGCAUACUCGUACGAUGCCCAGAGGGACUCUGCUGCUGCGCUGGGUUCGAUGCUGGAGAUCCAACAGAGGGUGCAGCAACAGAUAUCAGCCAUGAGUGCUGCUGGUGCCGGGUCCCCCCUCGGACCUCACACCCCCUCCCAAACACAACCAACCGCCUCCAACCCCGCAGCACAUUCCUCCCAGCCGGCAAUACCAUCCGCCACAACCGCCACAGCCGCUACAGCGGCGUCUGUAGCGGCAGCAGGCGGCGGCAGCAGCCCCUUUGCGAGCCUGUGGAAGAACAUGGCGUCUCAACUCUCCCGCGCGUUUGAAACGCUGCUGCCCCCCCCCUCGCCUGAUGAUCCUCCCCUGGGAGGGAGCGCUGGGGCUGGGGGGGUAGCUGCUCGGACAGCGGCAGGGGCAGCAGGGGUGGCUGGGGCGGCAGGAGCGGCAGGGAUAGAAGCAGGGGCAGCAGCGGCGGCUCUGGCAGGGAUUGGAGGAGGUGCAGUAGCAGGAGCAGGUGGGGUGGGGCUGGUUGUGGGUGAGAGCGGAGUGGCCGCAGUGGAGGAGGCGUGGGGGGGAAAUGUGCAGUCUGGGAGCAGCGGCGUCAUUGAUAUCACACCCCAAGCCCCCCUGGCAGGGGCGCAGAGCAGCCUGGUUCGGUUGGCAGGGGAGGUGCGAUCUAAUGACGCUCUUAUCUCCUCCGUCAACCGUGAAAUGGAGGAGGAGCGGCAGCGGCUGCUGAACAAGGCACAAUCAGUGGCACAGGAGGUGCAGCAGCGAGUGACGGUGGGGGAUAUGGAGGCCGUGGUGGGUGCAGCGGUGGAGACAAUGCAAUCGGAACUGCAGGCAGCACAGCAGCGCACUCGCCAGCUCCUCAUACAGGUGGAACUGAAGGAUCGUGAGAUGCGGUUGAGGCGCGAGGAGUGGGAGAAGGAACGGUCGUCCAUGGUGGCUUCCCUGCAGCAACUUGUACUCGCUAAAGGCGGAUCCGUUACCAGCAGCAGCAGCAGCAGCCUUGAGCAUGGGGAUGGGCACGGAAGAAACGGAUCCAGUGGUGUUGACACCAGCAGCAGCGCUCGAAGCAGCAAUGGCAGGGCCAUCCCCUCACACUCCUCCUCCUCAUCAUCAUCAUCUCCAUCCUCAUCCUCCCCGUCGUCACCCUCUCGCAGCAAAUUGCAGCGAUCGUCAGGAGCAGGAUCAGGCACAGCCACUGCCACAGCCACUCCCGAACCCGACAGCACUGGGGACUCUAUCAUGCGUCUCCUUGCCCUUCAGGCGGCUGUUUCCCGGGCAGAAGAAGCUGAGCUGGCAACUGCCGCCCGGCUGGAGCGCGUCGCUGACGUGCUCGGGCGGGAGAUCGCCAAAUUGCGUCGCGACAAGCGGGCGCUGGAGUCGCGCGCGCAGCUGCUGACGUGGCGGCUGGAGGCGGUGCAUGCCAAGCUGGCGGCGGUGUUUGGGGAGUUGGUGGGAGUGAGGGAGGCGAUGAGUGCGGGGAGGGUGGAGGAGGGUAUGGCGAUUCUUGAAGGGGUGAUAGGGGAGGUGGGGAGGUGGACGAGUAACACUGCUAUGGAGCAGGGUGGACAGGGGGUGAGAGGAGAGAGAGGAGGAGAGAGAGGGGGAGUGAGUGGGGAGGAGGGGAGGGACGGGGAGGUGGUGGCAGGGUGGUGGGAUGAUUCUCCUCCUGGCGAGUGGGCGGAGUUUGGGAAGAGUGAGAAUGAAUCGGAGAGUGGGGGUGGGACGGAUGAGGAGAGGAGGAGGGAGGAGAGGAGGAGGAGGGAUGAGCUAAUGGCGUUGGUGGGGGUGGAUGGGGAGGAGAGCGGGGGCAGUGGGGAAGGGGUGAUCACGGUGUUCUAUGAGACGGGGUGGGAGCAGGCGUUUAUUCACCACAACGGCACGUCAUCAGGCUGGACUGCUGUACCCGGCAUGAGGAUGAAGGACUCCACUGCCAAGGGGCCGGCUGGCUUUCCCCUCAAGGUGUACUCCAUAAGAGCAUCCUCGCUUGAGUUUGUGACCAACAAUGGAGCGGCUACAUGGGACAGCUCCCCGAGUGGUGGAAACUACACCAUCGACCGACCCGGUUGCUUCGUCCUGUCGUCUGGACGUUUAACAGAGUUCGUUUGA